UCGUAGCUAUAAAGGAACAAAAAGAAAAAAAAAAUGUCAAUAAAGCGCCCUUCGCAGUAAGCACAGUGAGCCGAUGCGUGAUUGUGCGUGCUACCGAUGCAAGACCCCGAAGCAACAGAGCGCGGCGCCGGCGGGAAAUUAAGGAGAAAUCCGCCGCGUCGACCGCUGGCCACACCUUACGCCCGCCCUCAGCAAAACCAAUCCCUACGCGGUCGCUUGCUUUCCAAACUCGUCGAUCCGGCUUGCCGUCUCAUAGCCGGCGGCGCCACUAGAAUCUUCCCUUCCCUCUUCUCGAAUCCACUAACCAGCGAUUACCUCCCAAUGCCAGAACCUCAAACUCACAUUAACUUGGAUGAAGAUAUAGAAGAACAUGCUAAUGGCGAAGAUCAAACUUGUUCUUCAAUUUUUGGAGUGUCCAAAACAACCGGUACUGGUGGAACAACUGAUGGAUCAAAGGUUGCUUCUCACUUUGUGGAAAACAGAAAGGACCAUCAGGUUGACUUUAAGGAUGAUGGACUUUCAGAAAUUGAAAAGCUGAUGAAGGGGAAAACAUUUUCGAGGGAUGAAAUCAAUCAUCUGAUAGGGAUUAUAAAUGCAAGGGCUGUUGAUGUUCCUAAAGUUGAUCAAGAAAGUAAGGAUUUAACCCUGUCUGCUGGAGGUGCCAAGGAACCUAUAGUUGCUCAAAACCUGAUGAGGCCAACUGAAGAAAAACAGGAUGAUUUAAAUAAAGCUUUAUGGAAUUUGGCAACCCCAAUUUCUAAGCCAACGCUCCUAGAUGAAACUGUACCUUCACCAAUUGAAAUUGCAAAAGCAUACAUGGCAAGCCAGAGAUUAGAAGUAAACCUAGGUUCUAAGAGUAUUAUAUCAAAAGAUGAAAGACCAAAAAUGCUUGGUGAUGAUUUUGCAUCAGAAACAUUUGUACAAUUGCCUUCAUCAAAGCCAUCCGCAUGUUGGCCAGGUUCCAUGGUACAGGAUCAGUGUGGUUAUCUAACUCCACAAAGUCAAAGAGGCAGAUUGGGGCUCCAUAAUAUUCCAAGAACCCCUUACUCCAGAUCUAUCUAUUCAAAAUCUAAAUCCAAGUUGGCUCAUGUUCAAGAUGAGGAUAAUGGUUUCCUGAAUGGUUCAUUCUCACCCUUGCAACAUUCACAAACUCCUGUGUAUGGGCAGUUGAGGAGCAACAUAGUGUAUGAUGGGCAUGGAUCUGUGGGACCCAUUCGCAGGAUUCGACAUAAGGGUAUUGCAGAAACUCCAUCCAAAGGAUCUGUUUAUUCUCAUUUGUCAUUAAAUGGUCCUUUUCCAGUGGGAAAUUCCAAUGUUUCCAAAAGUCUAUUUCCUUCUAUCAAGAAGAAUUUGGAACAAGGAGGCACCAGAAGCUCUUCAGUUUUUCAGUCAGUAGAUGGUCGUAGAAGCUCUGAAAUGCGUAUCCCACCUGUUCAUCCGCAUUCCAGCCAGAUGGCUAGGACAAUAUUGGAGCACCUUGAGCGAAAUCCAGCUACUCCUAAGAAGUCUGACAAGUUAAAGAUAGACACUUCAUGGAAAAGAUCUCAAUCUUCGGAUGCUAAUGCUGCCAUUUCAAAGGGUCACAAUGGUUUGCCAUAUUUAGGACUUGAUUCUUCUAAAAGCAGAGAUCAAAUCAACAAUAGAAGUCCUGCUCAAUGGAACGGAGAUAGACAUAACUCAUUUUCUGUGGCUUCUCCAGAGAGUACCAUUGAGGCUAAGAAUGUGAACAUAACAACUACUUCAGAUUUAAAAGUUGACAACACUGUUACAAUGUUUGGCAAUAAUGCAGGAUCUUCACUAGAUUUUGGAAAAACUCAGGAUUCUCAAAUCAAGACUGCACGGAAGGAUCUUUCAAAGGUUACUGAUACUACUGUGUCUGAGGGUCUACAAAUACCUUCAUCUAACUCCUUGGGAAAUAAACCAGUUUUGGCUUCUAUUUCUGUCUGCAAGCAUGAGCAAAGGUGGAUGUUUACCACGGAUAAUAGCAGUGGUUUCACCUUCCCUGUUCCUGCAUCUUCUGGCGUGUCUUCUGAACCUCCAACACCAUCCAUCAUGCCAACGCUAUCAGGUAGCAGUGUGCGUCAGCCCAAAGAGGACCACACAGGACCUUCAUAUAGUUUUGGUUCAAACAGAUCAUCCCCUGCCCUUGUUUUUUCUUUCCCAUCGACAAGAAAUGCCCCUAACCAUGUUGAUGCUUCAGAUAUUACUUUCAACUUCGGAUCUGAUAGCUCAUCAAGAAUAUCUUUCAGUUCAAUAGGAAAAAACGCCAUAUGCUACUGACACAGAAAUGAUAUAUUUUUUUUCUUUUUCAUUUAACCCCAUUUAGACUGUAGUGAGCUGGAGACCUAAUUUCAUCGGUGAGAAUCUCAAUUAGUUAUGCAUCAUUGCCUUAUUAUAGGAGAUUAGGAGAGAGAAUUGUCUAAAGCUGAAACCUGGAUUCACUUAAUUUUUGCACGUACGCUUCUUGGUUUCUUGGUUCAUGAUUACGGCAAAUUGUAUUGUCAUUAGUUUGUUCAUGGGUAGGUCGGCGGUCUAAAAAUGAUCAGGUUGAUAAUCUUUAUUUUAGGAGCGAUGGAAAGAAGUACCCGUUGGAAUUAUUUCGGUGACUUGAUUCUUUAUGAAUAUGCGGUUUUCUCCCCUUUCGGAUAGAGGAGAGGACUAUAACUUAGCCUUGUUCCCAUUUUUUUGGCUUUUGGAUCUUCCCAUCUGCUCUCUAGAUAAGAAAACAAGAAAACAAGACCACCUUGGAUGAUUGGAGUUGGACGUGGAAUAAUUCGUGUUCACUCAUUACAGAAAUUACGUCGAAAACCCAAAGCCAAGAAGAUUACCGAUCGAACAGGAUGCCACAGGAAUCACAUGCUGAGGUGUUGCUCCUACUUUCAACAACAAAGAAUUUAUCCCUGUUGGUCCCUACCUUCAAUGAAAUCAAUGUGUAGGAAGAUCAGACUGUGAAAAGACCCAAAUUCAUGUUGAGAGAGAAAGGGGGAGAAUACCAGGCCAAAGUCCAAAAUCAAGAGUCGGUGAGUUGGGUGCGGGGGGUGCCCCAUUUGUGUGGGGAGCUAGUCAGGCUUGAGAGGUGAAAUGACAAUGAAAUGAAAAUGAAUGCGUGCACCAGACAUGAAUUUGACAUUUCAGAUUCUUAUGUCAGAACUGCUGCAACUCUUGCCCUUUCGAGUGUUUUUUCUUUAACUCCUCACUCUCACCACCACCGACCAUUGCCCCAUCAUGCUCUUAUGUACAACUGUUCUUUGUUCAUUUUUUCUUUGGAUAAAUAAGUAGUGGAAGUAGCAAGAAAAUCCAUUUGCCAGCUUGGAAUCUUACUACAAUCCAAUUGCUGACCCCGAGGGCAUUCAAUCAUUAUUACCAGUAUUUACAUUUUACAUUUUACAUGCACUUCGUGCUCUCUAGCUGUAAUUGAAUUUCAUAUUUUUACUCUUCAUAGUUUCUUCUCAUUUAAACUAUUUUACCGUUUUUACUCCAUUUUUGUUCUUUUCUUUCCAUUUUCUUUGACAGAAAUAAUAAAGCAACCAGACUAUGCUCCACAACAACCAAGUAUACAGUUUGGUUUCUUUGAUUAGUUUGAAAACAUCCUAGUUUAGAUCUCUAUAUAUCUUUGUACGUACGUGCUGCUUGUUUGUUCUUUCCACACAAAUCUUAUCUAGUUAACAUAUAAGCAUGCAUAUUUUUUGUCAAUAUGAUUCAAUUUAACUUGCAGAUAUCAUAUAAUUAGUGACAAGUAUUCUUAUUUUCAAUGGACUUUUACUUUCUUUUAAUCAUGAUCUGUGCUGUCAAAAACCAUACUUACUCCCCCCUU